ACAAAAUUUCAUAAAUUCUCUCUAACCUUUCCAGAGAAACCAAAAAAAAAUGAUAAGGAAAAUUCAAGCUCGAUGUGAGCCAAUCAUCAUCAUCAUCAUCUCCUUCUCUUCUGUGUAUUCUAUGCAACACACAACAUUAUCAACCAUUCUCUUCCUCCAACAUCUUACUCACCAUAGAAACCUUGGAGGAACAAAUCAAUGGCUGACAAGAAUUUAGGUGGAACUGUAUCAGUGAAAGCCGCCAUUAAUAAGUACGGACAAAGAGCUACUCGAAACGUCUCUCCUCAGCUUGAUUUACCCGUCAUUAAGUCAUCUUCAGUUGCGGAGGAUUUGCAUAAGUCAGGGAGAGAACUUGGAAUGUAUAGAGAGAGUAGAAGAGUUUCUGAGUUUGCAAAGGCGAAAGCAGAAGCGGAGCUGUUCAAGGCGAAGGAGAUAGUAAAGGAGCUUACUUUACGGAUAGAGGAGUCGAAUCAAAGGUUAAAGUCUCGAUUUUUCGAUACUGAAGCUGUGAUGAAGGAGUCAAGGAUAGCUGGGAAUGCUGGGAUUAUGAGAGAAUUAGAGGAUGUGAAGCAAGAACUGAGUAAGUUGAAGCUUGAUAUAGCGUAUGUUUCGAGAGAGAAAGCUGUGGCAGAGAAAGAAGUAAUGGAGUUAAGUUUUAAAAUGGAGGAGAAUUUGAAGUUGUUAGAGAGUCUUAAGUUAGAGGUUGAUGUUGCUAACGAAGAGCAUGUUUUGGUUGAGUUGGCGAAGAUAGAGGCAUUGAAGGAGUGUAAAGAGGUUGAGGAGCAGAGAGAGAGAGAACAAAAGGAAGUGUCUGAGUCAUUAGAUAAACGGAAGAAGAGAAUAAGGGAAAUGAUGAGGGAGAUUGAGAGAUCAAAGAACAUUGAGAAUGAGUUGUCUGAGACUUUAUCAGAUAUUGAGAUGUUAGAGAUGCAGUUGAAGCUUGUUAAGGAGAUGGAGAGGAAGGUUCAGAGGAAUGAUAGUAUGUCGAGAUCGAAAACCCGUGGUUUUGGAAGAGGGAAAGAUGUUUUGUCGGUUUUGAAAGAGAUUACAGAAGCAACAGAAGCAAAGAAGGAAGAACUCGCUUCGAUUAACGCGGAGCUCUUUUGUUUGGUCAAUACAAUGGAUACCUUGAGGCAAGAACUUGAUCAAGCCAAACAAGAAACAACACGGUUUGAGAAGAUGAUACAAAAGGAUGAUAUAAUGAUUGAGAGACUCAAUUCGAAGCUGCUUAUUGCGAAAGAUCAGUUAGAAGCAGUAUUUGCAGCGGAAGAAAGAAUCAGCUCUCUUGCUGACAAUUUAACUACUUCAUUUGAGAAGCUAAAGAAUGAUAGAGAAGCUACAAAGAAAGAGGAGCUUGAGCUUAAAGAAGAAGCAACGGUCAUAAAGAGUGAAGUACAUAAAACUGAAAUAGGAAUUGGUGAGAAGGAGAAAGAGUUGCUUUUCAAGUUAGAUGAGCUUAAGAAAGCCAAGCACGCAGAGGCUUUAGCUCUCGAGAAGCUUGAGUCUAUGGCAGAGAAGACAAUGGAAACUCGGGAAAUGGAAUCUCAGAGAAGUUCAACCAUCACAAUCCCAAGAUUCGAGUACGAGUAUUUGAGUGGACAAGCUUGUCACGCGAAAGAAACUGCAGAGAAGAAAGUGGAAGCUGCAAUGGCAUGGGUUGAAGCACUCAAGGCUAGCACUAAAGCGAUUUUGUUAAAGACGGAAUCUUUAAAGAGAGUGAGUGGGAAAACAAUGGUGGAAGAAGAAAGGGCAUCGUUCAGGAUGCAAAGGUCGCUAUCGAUAAAGAGAAUGGUCCAAGAUGAGAUUCAAAAGUUCAAACAGAACUCAGAAGACUAUGGCGUGAUCAGGCCUUCUAAACCUAUAAGAAAAUCGCUUCAAAGUUACGAAGAGAACUCAGGAGACAAAGGCUUGAUCAACUCUCCUAUACCAAUAAGAAAAUCGGCAAGGCUUAGUGGGAAGUUCACACCGGUUCAAGGAGGGAAGUCGAGAAGAUACUCAUCAGGGAACAGAGGGACUCCAACGUUCUUUGUAAUCAAGAAGAAGAAGAAAGUUCCAAACUUGGUUAAAUUUUUUAGCAGGAAAAGGCGUAACUCCUCUUUAGAACAACAAUGAGAAGUUUAUCUUGUUGCCGUAACUUAGUUUUGUUUUGCUUGCAUUUUAAGUUUCACAUUGUUUGUAAUUGUAAUGUAUAGCUUAUAACCGGUUUAUUGUUUUGAAUUUUAUUGUAUUUAUGUACACUUGAGUUGUAUAUGAAUAAAGAUAAGUAAUAUCAUUUGUUUUAGUAA